UGAAUAAAAAAAUAAAUAAAUAAAUAUUACCAAUCUCAUAUUUCAUAUCUGUUGGUAGAUAUCAACUAUCAGUUCUGACGCAACAUAGAAAAUCAUCGAGUAAACUGAAUGACUUGAGAUGUCAACUGAGGAGUUACCCGCUGAUCUGGGCAGGCUGAAAAUUGCUCCAACACAAACACAUUUUAGUUUAAGCGAUGGAAGCGUGCCCAUUGUUCUAAAUCCUUUCUAUACCGAUCACAGUACUACCAUCACUUCGGGUAGUAAUUCAGCUCCUACCUGUGAGUCAGUCCGCAGUGCAAGAAAUCGAAAGACACAUCGCAGAUUCAGAAGAAGAUCCGAGAGUUUUUUAGAUGAUUGCAAACAAGCAGAUGAAUUUGAAGCACAUCCACCUCUACCGGACUCUUUUGAAAUUAUAAGUAAUCUGCGCUGCAACUCAGGCGUUUUUAAGCUGCCACUGAAAAAGCCCAACAGUUUGAACAAGAAGAAUUUAUUACGCGUACCUAUUUUGCGAUCCCUAAAUGACUGUGCACAACCAAAAUGUAUUGUUAAUAAUAGUCGCACAGAUCCCAGAAACUUCAGUUAUGCGCAUAAAAAAUCAUUGGCAGCAGUCUCACAAUCAAGCAAAAAGAUGAGUGUUAAAGGCAGUGGCCUUUGUGCUUUUGGCGAUUUAAUUUGCGAAUGCACAUUAUUACUUGAUCGCAAUCGAAAUAGCAAAACCAGACGUCACUCGCCGACAAAUACAACCACCUUUCAACCCGAAGAAGUCAUAGUGUCCAGUGAUCUUCUCAGUAAUGCAAAUAUCAAACCACAAUCUUUGAUGCGCUGUAAUACAACGUGCUCUCAACAAGCAAGUAACACCGCUUCCGCAAAUUGUGAUGAUGUUACAAUAGAUGAGCUUGCCAGCUAUUUCGACACUAUGGUCCAUAUUCCAAGAAAAAUGUCGUCUAUGGCGGAAAUGAUGUAUAUAUAGUUAUUAAAUGCAUAUACUAAUAGACAUGCAUGUAUAGUUAUGUUAAAUAAUAUUUCUCCCAAUUUUGUCUAAACGCAUUUUUAA